GGGGGGAUAUGACAGUGUGAGGGCAGGGACAUGCCAGUGCCCUGUCACUGCCCAUGCUGUUGCCCCUCAGUGCCAAGCCACAGCCCCCGCCAGCCCUGCUGCUGCCCCUCACUCCCAACCCACUGACCCCAGCCCUGCCAGUGCCCCUCACCCCCAAACUGCAGUACCCUGCCCCCCGGGCCAUGAUGCUGCCCCUCACUCCAGACAUCAAGUAACUGGGAAUUACUGGUUGUGGUUUCAACUUGCUCUUCCUUCUUUCUUUCAUACAGCUACAGAAAACUGGAGAGCUUGUUAUCCCAGGAUACAACCAUGGGAUCCUUUGGAGACACAGGAAGGGCAGAGCAGGAGGAGGGCUAUGGGUGCAGCUGCAUCCCUCUGCCUUCUUUCCUCCAGCGCCUCCGCACCCGAGAGCCGAGGCCCCGAGCAGGCAGCCAGGAAGGGCAGGAGCAGCUAUUUGACAGCGGAGACUAGAGGACCUUGCAGGCUCAAUGGAGGCAGCAGCUGCAGCUGCAGGUCAUGCAGAAAAAUGUAGAUGCUCUUCUGGAGGAUUUUGGGAACAUACAUACAUUUUUCGCAACAUACAGGACCUUUGCCUCUCCUGGUGAGGUCCUAGAAAUGCUCCUCAGCAGGCAUGGAAAGCUGGAGACCUUGAGCUGCAGAGGAGAUGAAAGUCCAGAUUUCUCAGCGGACUCCAGGGCAGUCCUCAGGAAUCCAAUCAUCUUCUUCUUGAAAACUUGGCUGCACUUCAGCCCUGAAGAUUUCAAAGAGCCGCCGAAGUACCACACACUGCAGAAAGUAAUAGCACACCUGAACAAGAACGUCCCUGGCUGUGACAUGGAAAUGGAGGCCAAACACCUCCUCCACCAGUUUCAAAACGAAGCAGAAAAUGAGAGCCAGCCUGGGGACCAUCCUGCGGACCAGCCAGGAGACCAGCCCAAGGGCCAGCCCGGGGAACUGCCUGAGGUCCAGCCCGGGAAGCAGCCCAAAGGCCAGCCCGGGGAGCAGCCGGAGGACCAACCUGGGGACCAUCCCAUGGGCCAGCCAGGGAAGAACGAAGAUGCCUACAUCAUUCACUGCUCAGUGCCGAACAGUCAAGGUGCUGUGUACAAAGGCAUUCUGCUGGAUAAUAUCCACCACUUGUCCUCAGUCAUUGACUAA